AUGACGGGUGAUACAGGAUCUACUGUGCCACUUCCGACGGGACACGGGGAUGAGCCGGUGCCAGAGCCUAUCUGGUAUCCUGGGGGUCCUAUAGACGCAUCCCUUUUGACAGGAUAUGCAGAUCAUGCAGCUAGGCGUAUAUGGAAUGGAGAGGAUAGGGAUCCACAGAGGUUCUACAACCACGGCCGGAAGAUUGCGGGUCUUGUGCAGCCUGACGAGUCGUGGUUCCAGGAUGUACUCUCAGCUUCUGGCCUGAGAGAUCUCUGUCAGGUGGGCUACACGACGAUACAUAAUGGGAUGCUGAUGGCAUUUGCCGAGAGAUGGCAUCCAGAGGUUUCCUCAUUUCAUCUUCCUCGCGGCGAGAUUACCAUCACUCUAGAUGAUGUGACAUGCCUCCUGCAUCUACCUAUCAGGGGUAUCCUCCUUAGUCACGGUAGGCUGACGAAGGAGAAAGCGAUGGAGAUAUUGAUUGUUGAGCUAGGGUACGAUCUGGAUGACGCACUUGAUAAGGUGGAGAGGUCCCGCGAGGCGCAUGUGAGGUUUCGCACCUUGGAAAGGUUAUAUGACAUAGAGCUUCUUGCGGCACAUCAGGCUGCUGGCGUCGAGGUGGAGGCCGAUAUACAUAGAGAGCGGGCGCUGAGAUGUUACCUCUUAUAUUUAAUAGGCACUCACCUCUUUGUGGACACGAGCUCGACGUACACAGACGUCGUCUAUCUGAGGUACUUACCGGAUAAAACACGAAUCCAUGAGUACAAUUGGGGAGCGGUUGUACUGGCGUACAGUUACUACAAAUUAGGAGAGGGAUGCCUGUGGAAGGCAAGGACUGUGGCAGACAUAAUUGGCUGGGGAGAGGUGCCUACCUACACUAAGCUCAUGCUGCGAGCUAGUACAUUCAGCCCCCUCAGAGGGAACCAUGUGUCAGAUGCUUAA